AUGAGCGCAGCGAUGGAUAUAGGCAAAGCAAAUAAAGAGAAAGAAAGAUAUAACAAGAUCAGGACACAGAAAAUGAAGGCUAAGAAAGGAUUCUUGACUCUUGGCUAUGGCUUCGUGGCUUAUUUUAACUUUUUAGAAUUCAUUAUACUGAUAUUUACAGCUCUAACGCUUCUUUCUCUACCCUCAUUUUACUUUUAUUGGAACUUCAGAGAGGUUCAAGAUGAGAAUAUUGGAUGGAUGAACAAAUUAUCUAUGGGAAAUCUGGGAUACUCUCAUGCAUUAUGUAGAGACGUCCACCUUGGAGUUGGCAAGUUAACCCUUAGUUGAUCCACAGGAGUCAUAAAAGAUGUAGUCUCCUUUGGGAUUAUCCCAGAGAACUCAAAAACACUCGAUGCUUGCCUUCCAACAGAAGAAACUGAAGUCUGAAGUUCAGUUCUAAAUGAAGAUGAACUAACUGAAAUUAUCAACCAUGAAUGCUUGGAUAAAAAGCUCUGCACGUUGGAUGUGAGCUCUUAUGUGAACCAAACUAUCGAUCAAAAUCCAGUUUGAACAGGAACAGAGGCUCGGUUUUAUACCCAAGUAUUUUGCAAAGCUUUAGAUGAAGAAGAAAUAGAGGCUCGAAAAUCAAUCCAAUUUAUCCUUAUCUGGACCACUAUAAUCUCAGCAUUGUUGUACUUCAUUGGUUUUGAGUUUAUUGAUAGCUAUGCAGAGUCCAAGCUAGAAGAGUACGAUCAGAUCACCACCACAACAUCGGAUUUUACAGCAAUUUAUAAAAUACCUCCUGCUUUAUAUGAGAACUUUAGGCAAAAUAUAUACCCACAGUUAAAUGACAAUAUGCAAAGAACACGGAAAAAGACGCUUGCGCCUAUAAUGGCAUUCAAAGGGUUCCUUAUUGAUGGGAUCGUAAGGCAGCUCAGCGAUGAUGACCCUGAAGGCUCUCGUCCUGUUUUCAGCACUGGUGAGAAGGACCAUCCUUCCUUCAUUCAUGGUGAAUUUAACAAAGACAUAAAAGUUAACCAGGACGCUCAAGAUAACGACUUCUUCGGUUUAGAUAACAGACGACGUGAAAAUCUUUCUGAAAUCGGCAACCACAGAUUUGUAGAAGUUGAAGUGAAGAUGAAACAGGAUGAAAGUCACAACCCAACACCUAAGGAAGCCCCAAUCAUGACUAAAAAGGCCACCGUGAAACGAUCAACCAGCACCAGAAGUGAAAAGCUUAAGCUUAAUAAAUAAGCGGACUGAGUUCAUCAGCAGGAAAGGCUCCAAGGGAAAUCUUGAAGAUUACUUCAGUAAGACUAAGGAUAUAGAGAUUGCUGACAUUCAUUUCUCCUUUAAGAACAGGGAGGUCCUUCACUUGUUAGGUGAAAGAGGCAAAGCUAUUCUAGAUAAUAAUCAUGAAAUGAAAGUUUUGAUCCAAAAUGAGAUCCUCACUCUUAUCAAGAAGGAUUAUGAAAUAUACACUACCCCUGUUUGAGCCUUUAUCACUUUUGCAAAUGAAGAGUCUUAUUUGAGGGCAACAGAGUUGAACAAAGUCCGGAUCGGAAACAAGAGUUACUACAAAAAGCACUGGCAGGGGCAUCCUUUGUACUUCAAACCAGCAUUAGAGCCAUCCUCGAUCUUAUGGGAAAACCAAUAUGUGCCUCAGAGUGAGAAAGCCUGGAAAAUAAUUAUAUCUCUUAUGGUUGUAUUCUUGAUUCUAUUCGCUUCUUUUGUCUUCCUAUUCUAUGCUCAAAAAGAAAUUUAUGACUACAUGAACGUCUACCCAUAUAUCGAUUGAGAUUCCAUCGUGAAGACCUAUGGAGACUCUCUUGAACAUUAUGGAGUGCUAGAAUGGGUAUAUCUGAAAGAAACUCUUCACAGCAAAGAUCUUACCUCAAGUACUGGAACACUUAGCUGAUUCUGAAACCAGCAUUCUUUAAAGCACGGAGUCUUAGCAACCAUGAAAUCCCAGCAUUACACUAUUAAUAAGGAAGAUGUAUUUGUAGGAGGGCAUAUUUGAUACGACUGGCAAUCAGGAAAGACCUUAGUUACCUUCUUGGAUAUCAUCAUUACUCUCUUCAUCUGAUUCGCAGAUAUAAUCCUUCGAAAUAUCGUAGUGAUUUUAAUAAGAUGGGUUAACUUCAGAAGUAUGAAUAUAGAAUCAGCUACUAUCCAAGUUAUCCUCUUUGUAUCCCAAUAUCUCAACAAUGGACUCUCCUUGAUGCUCGUGGGGAUUAACUGAGAUGAGCUACUUGGAAUUAGGAUCUUUUUCCUUGAUGGAAGAUACCCAGAUUUUACAAACAGAUGGUUUAAUGAGCUUUCAAAUUUCUUCAUCACUCCAAUGUAUAUCAACAUUUUUGUUCCUUUCAUUGAAUUUGGGAUACUCUAUCUCAUCUACAUAAUCAAGAAAAGACUUGACAAAGGAUGGACCCAAAAUAUUUAUUCGACUAAAUGAAAGUCAAUGGGACAGUACAUAAACAAAAUGUCCGGACCCACAAAUGACAUCUUUGACGGUUAUUCUUAUAUAAUGGUGAUAAUCUGGAUAAACAUGUAUUUUGGAGUUGGACUUCCUUUACUGUUCCCCUUGACUUUAAUCUCUGCUAUUAUAACAUAUGCAUUUGAAAAGAUCAAGACAGUUUAUUGGUACAAGAAAUCAUCCAUGCUUAAUGACAGACUUAACAAGAAUGCAAUCAAGACUUGUAAGUGGGCAGUAAUCCUCUACUGAUUUGCUGGCUAUUGGUUCCUUACGAACAAGCAGAUUUUCUACGAUGAAGUGACUGCAAAGUCAAAGCGGAGUGAUAUUGUGAUUACAAAUCAUACCUAUGGGACAAUAGAGAUAGAUCAGAGUUUUCCAUUGCUAAUGGUUUUCUUUAUACUUUUAGCUUAUAUGAUAUUUCACUCAAUAUACUCUUCUGUUAGUUCACUCAUAAAGACAGACACUAUGAACCAGUACUUACGUAGUGUAGAAGAUCUUUUCACCUACUACGACAGUUUGGACCAGCACGAUCUUAAAACCCUCGUGUUAGAAGAAGAACACAACAGGAGCAUUCUUGACUACUCUAAACUUAAUGAUAAUAUUCUGAAGAAGUAUAAAUUAAGCAGGUCGAAAAGACUCAAGAGUUUUAAAAAUUUAUCCUCAAUGCAAAAUGAAAUCGUUGAUGAUAAGACUAUUUUCAAUAACUUCACCUACGAUCUACUGAUGGACACAAGAUACAUCGAUCUUUACCAAUACGUUCCAGUGAUUUAUAGAGACAUAAACCAGCCUUUUAAACAAGAAUAUAGAGACUCAGAAUUUGUACGGAAAUGAACUGACCUAGCUUAUUUUUAUAACAUCAACGAUUUCUUCAACACUAAAGUUGACCAAAGAAUGUCUGUGAUCCGUAGAAUGGAUUACACCUUCAAGAAGAUGGGAUCCCUGUCUAUAAAAUCUGUAUAAAUAAAGUUUCAAUUAUCACGACCAUUUUUGG